AUGAUCCAUCGCUCUGGUGACCUCCAGACUCUAAAGCUGACGAGCGAUGAGGCGAAGGUCUACGACACCGUGAUCUUCGAAGUGAACAACGACGGCACGCCCACGGAGCAGAAGCUGUGGCCGCGGCACUGCGUCCAGAACAGCUGGGGCGCCAAGCUGUGCGCGGACCUCAAAGUGGUGGAGGACGCCAUCCUGGUGCACAAGGGCACCGACCCCGACACGGACUCGUACAGCGUCUUCUGGGACAACAACAACAAGUUCCACACGACGCUCAACGAGGAGCUGCAGAAGCGGGGCGUCACCGGCGUCUUCGUGUGCGGCGUCACCUACGAUGACUGCGUCGGUGAGUCACGGUUGACAUUUGGUGCUCUUAAUACCAAAUAG